AUGAUUUCUAAUAUGAUAUUAAUAAAUAAUACAAUGAACAAAAUAAAUCAUAUAAAUAUAACAAAAAAUAAAUUAUCAUCAUCAGAUUUAUCUUCACAUAUUGAAGAAUCAUUUGAUUUAACAUGGAAUGAUAUUUUAUAUGAUGGUGGAUUAGGCACAUGGUUACCACGAUCAUCUUUUCGUUGGUUAACAAUAUCUAUUUGUAUGAUUGGUAUUAUUGGUAAUACAUUAGCUGUUUGUACAUUACUUCGUCGACGAAUGCGUACUCUUUCAACUUACGCUUAUUUAACAGCAUUAUGUUUAUCAAAUAGUGUCACUUUAUUGUCGGUAAUUAUAUUUGAAUUAGAAAUAUUAUUUGUUCCAAGCCGUUUUAAUUGUAUAUUUGUUGCAUUAGCAAAAGCACUUGCUUCAAGUACAUUUGCUCUAUCAACUUGGAUUACAGUUUGUUUUACUGUUGAUCGAUAUAUUAUGAUAUGUUUUCCAUUUACCGGUGAAAAAAUGUGUACACGUCGUAAUGCAUUAUUUGUUUUAAUUUUAUGUUUAACUUUAGCAUUAGGAUAUUUAAUACCACAAAUAUUAGCAAAUUCAUGUCAUGCUAUGCCAAAUGUAAAUUCAUAUAAUAAAACAAAUGAUCAUAUAAAUUUAUCAAUUGAUUAUAAUAAUCAUUAUUCAAAUCAAACAGAAUUAUUUUUACCUAUAUUUUGGGUAUCAAGUUUAAGUGAAAUAGGUAAAUCAUUAGCAUAUCGUUUAACAAUAACAUUAUUUGUUAAUUGUUUUCUUGUACGUAUAAUACCAUUUCUUGUUGUAUUUAAAUUAAAUUUACAUCUUAUACAUACACUUUCAACAACGAAACGACGUUAUCGACAAAUGAAUCCUUAUGAACAAAAACGUAAUGAUGUAACACAUAUGCUUGUUAUUGUUAUUUCAAUUUAUCUUGUUUGUAUAAUGCCGUCCAUACCAUUUGCUGCAUUUUUUGCUUAUGAUCCGGAUAAAUAUGUUGAUAUAUCAUAUCAUUAUCGUUCAUUUCAAUAUUUAGAUGAAUUUGGUAAAUUUUUAAUGAUAUUUAAUUCUGCAUCACAAUGUUAUUUAUAUAUAUUUUUUGGUAAACGUUUUCGUCGUGAAUUAACACGUUUAUUAUGUUGUUUUUGUACAAAAUAUUUCUAUAUGCCUAUACCACAACAUAAUACUAAUAGUGAUUGUGAAACACGUUUACAAGAUUUUGGUAAUAAUGAUGGAUUUGAACUUGUACUUAGUGGUAAAUGGUCACUUGAUCAACGACAAGAUUCUAUAGCUGGAAUAGAAUUUAGUUUUCAUCAUCCAAGACGAUGGAGUCGUUUAACAUCAUCAUCAGCAACAACAACACAUUCAGAAUCUGAUUUUAGUGAUAAUCGAAUUAAUUUUGGUAUAUUAAAAACUUUUAAAAAUCGUGUUGAACAAUUAUUUGUUCGUUUUAAAUAA